UAGUAAAUGUGUCGGUAAAACCCAGCCACAGCAUUGGUAAAGGAUAGACCGGCAUGUAAACCGCACGUUCUGUUCGGGGGAAAUAUUCGUCCUCGUUAGGAUACACUCCGAGGUUGGUGAAGAUUCACAGAUACCAGUCUUAGGAUAACAGCGCCGGGAAUACCGCCAAUAUGCUUUCCGCUUUAAAAGAAACGUUCAAAAAAGCUUCAGUAACUGCUUUGAAAGCAGCAACGACAAGAACAGAAGCUGCCACAAAAGUGAUGAAAACAGCCAUGACAGCGGCAGCAGGACAAGAGGCUGCCACGAGAGCAACGAAAACAGCCAUGAAAGCCGCCACAACCGGAACAGAGGCGGUCAUUCAGGCGAUGAAAACAACGAAAACAGCAUUAAAAGCCGCAAAAACAGAAACAAAUUCUGCAACAACGAAAGCAACAAAAUCAGCCCUGAAAGCAGCCACAAAAGGAACAGAAGAAGCGAUGAAGGCGAUGAAAACAGCCAUGACAGCGGCAGCAGGAGAAGAAGCUGCCACGAGAGCAACGAAAACAGCCAUGAAAGCCGCCACAACAGGAACAGAAGCAGCCAUGAAGGCGAUAAAAAUAACCAUGACAGCUGCAACAUCAGGGACAGAAGCUGCCACAAAAGCGACGAACACAGCAAUGAAAGCCGCAACAUCAGGGACAGAAGUAGCAAUGAAGGCGAUGAAAAAAAGCGUGACAGCAGGGGCUGGAGAGGAAGCUGUCAAAAAAACGAUGAAAACUGCCAUCAAAGCUGCCAAAACAGGAACAGAAGCUUGCAUGAAGGUUACUAAUUAUGUCAGGAAAACAGCAAAACCAGGCAAGAGGGUAGUCCUCGAGCACAUUACGGAGUCCAAUUCGAAGCAAAAAGGAGCGUCUGCUUCAGAUACCGAACAAUUAUCUGACUUGAACAAAACUUUGCACGUUAUACAAAAGAAAAUUCACGAAUUGCAAAAUGACGUCAAAAUCAUAAGAAAAGGUCUAACCAGUCAAGAACUGAAAGAAAAUGUUCGAGAUCUUACUGUUAAAAACGAAGCAAUAGAAAAUGAAAAAACAACAGAGGCAGAGGACGUGUAUUAUAAGCAAAACGUAUCACCCGUUUUGACAACAAAAAGAGCAAAAAACUCAUGUUACACUUUAGGAGAUGCUGACCUAAAUAAAGGAGCAGACACCACAAGAAAUAAAUAUGUAGAGAUUUGGGUUCUAGAUGGCAAUGGUAUAGCACGGAAACCAAUCAACGAAUCUUCCGAUACCCCGACAGAAAAUCUAAUACAACGAAUCAUUCAGUUUUUAAGGCGCCUAAUGGGGAACAUCGAUAUCGAAGCAUUGAUCAAAUUCAUAAAUAGACUGCAAAAGAACAACCGCGUCAGUGUCGGCAAAUACAUAACUAAGGUUUGCUUGGACGGGAUGAUACCAGGGGCGAAAAUUGUUUUGGAUUUAGCUGAUGGUAUCUAUCACAUCCAUCAAGGAAACAACAUGACCGGGGUAUUUUAUCUGGUCGCAGGUAUAGGGGCAUACGCAUCUGAUCAGGACUUUGAUGCUCUACCUAUUUCAACAGUGGAAGUUGACGCUAACCAAUCUGUAUGUGUCUCUAUUGUGAAUGUUGAGAGUCUCAUCACAGCUCCGAAUGUUGAGACACUCAUCUCAACUGUGAAUGUUGAGACAUCAAUAUCAACUGUAAAUGCUGAAACACCCAUCUCAAAUGUUAAUGUUAUAACUAAAUAUGCUAUCCUUGUGGCAGUGACUCCAAAAGACGACGGAAACAGUUAAGAGAAAUCAUUUGACAUCAUUCAACGAUUCAAAAUUAAAUGAAAACAGCAUGGGUGAAACGGAAAUGUCCUAAAAUAAAAUAUAGGUUAUAUAAUAGUAUGAUGAUAUUGUUAUUAAUGUAUACAUGUUGUUUCAAAAAAAAGAUUGGAUUCUGAGUAGCUCAAACCAUGUACGUAUGCAUGUAUGUAUGUAUGUACGCAUGCAUCUAUGUGUGUAUGCAUGCAUGUGUGAGCGUGUGUGUGUGUAGGAGUGCAUACAUUAACGUACGUGGGUGCAUAACUAUGCAUGCAGCCAUGCACAAACAUGUGCGCAAGUAAAUAUAAUUCAUGUAUGUAUGUAUGUGGGUAGGUAUGUACUAACGUACGUAUGUGUGUAUGUAGGUAUGUAUGAUAGAUAUAUGUGGUUAGGAUAUGUGUGGGGAUGCAUACAUGGAAGUUUGUGUGCGAUCAUAUGUAAAAAGAAAUAGCGGAGUUGCUAAUAUAGUAAUAGAUCAAUUGACUUCUGAUUUAUUAUCUUAUGACGUAUUUGAAUAAGAUUCUUAAUCAAUGACCAUUGUAUUCAUAUGAUAAUAUAUAUCAUAUGUAAAGUAAGUCAUGUGGAUGGUCUUUCCCGAUGCAAACAGUCUAGUGGAAACGGAUAUACCAGGAGGACAAGAAUGAACAGGAGAACGAUUGAACAAUUGAUCAGCAAUAGUGUAUGGAAUGCGAACAGUCUAUCACAACAGCUGUCUGCGUAGGGAAAAAGCAUCCACAGGAUUAUGAGUAUCAUAGAGUAUAUUUUAUAUUAGCAUUAUAAUGCAGCUUGUUAAUUAAUAUCUUACUUAUAUGCAUAUAUAUCCCUUUCUUGAAACAGUAUGAAAAUCAAUCAUAAAGUGUAUUAACGAUGACGCAACUGAAGGAUUUUUUCUUGAUCACAAUACACUGAUUUUAUGAAUAUAACGUAUUUUGUACAUGUACCAUAUUUUACACUGCAUUUCCCGUACUCUAUUCUAACUUCCCCUGUAAUUUAUGCACGUCACUAUCCCUAAGCUUUAGUUGAUAAUGCUGGUUACGAUGAAAGGUAACAGAUUUAUAUAAGUGUAUUAAAACUUGUUUCUGUCUCCAAUUCAUUUAUGUUUAAUCAUAUUUGUAAUAUGUAUUACAUAUGUUAUGUGAAUAAAACAAAGUUUAAACUAACUCAAAAACGCUAUAUCAACAGUAUCAAUGUUUUAAUUAACCCUGCAACUACAGAAAAGGCGUCUAACGUGAAUUUCUCCAAACGUUGGAGAGAG